AUGGGAGCGGUGGACGUAAUCCGCCUAUUGCUUUCAACCAAGUUUAACUUUGUAGUUUUGGACCUAAUCCUCCAGAAGAGCAUUUCAAACAAUCAAGCGGCUUUCUUGAAAGGCAGGAGUCUUGGGGAGAAUGUGCUACUUGCCUCAGAACUGAUAAGGAACUAUAGAUCUUCUUCUUGCCCUAGGAGCUGUAUGCUGAAGCUGUUGGAGGCUCAGGACUUUCCCCCUCUUUUUGUCACUUGGAUAAAGGAGUGUAUCACGUCACCAAGAUUCUCAGUUGCCAUUAAUGGAGAACUAGCGGGAUUCUUCGCAGGAAAGAAAGGCCUACGACAAGGGGAUUCAAUAUCCCCCUAUCUCUUUAUCCUCGCCAUGGAAGCUCUAACUCGGUUGCUGGAGGAAGCUGUUGAUGCAGGCCUGAUCCGCUUACAUCCCAUGUGCCAGGAACCGAGAAUCACACAUCUACUCUUUGCAGAUGACCUCCUGAUAUUCUCAGACGGCUCACGCCACUCGCUAACGGGCAUUAAGAAGGUUCUGUCUGAUUUUAAAGCUUUGACGGGUCUUGACAUGAAUGCUGCAAAGUCGGAAAUUUUCUUUGGGGGUUACACAGAGAUUCAGAGCUCUGUCUUGAGUGAUAUAGCUGGAGUUAAACUUGGAACCUUCCCUACAAGAUAUCUGGGCCUGCCUCUUAACCCGAGCAGAGUAAGCUAUGCCACCUUGCAACCUUUCUUGGAAAGAUUAACCUCAAAAAUGCACUCUUGGACUGUGAAGAACUUAUCUUUUGCUGGAAAGGUAAGAAUGGUGGCUUCGGUGAUUUAUGGAAUGGUGAAUUUCUGGAGUUCGGUUUUUGCUUUGCCAAAAAGAUUCUAUGAGAAGGUGGAUUCGUUGUGUUGUGCCUUUCUUUGGAAAAACAGAACUUCUUCAGCGGCUGGAGCCAGAGUAAGCUGGUCUGAUAUUUGCAAACCAAAAAAGGAGGGUGGGCUGGGUCUGAGACGUCUGGAGGAAUUUCAACAAGUCUUCAACCUUAAGAGGGUAUGGAACUUAUUCUCAGGGUCAGGGUCUUUAUGGGUUGUGUGGUUGCAUUCUAAUGUGUUUUCGAGGCGAUGCUAUUGGUCGACUGCGGACUCUCAAAGGCUCUCUCCGACUGUGCGGAGUAUGAUUAGAAUAAAAGAGACUGUGGCAGAGUUUCUAAGAUGUUCGAUUGGUGACGGCAGAGCUGCUAGCUUUUGGUAUGAUUAUUGGACACAUAUGGGACCUUUGAUUGAAGGCUUUGGUCAGAGAGGACCGCGGGAACUCAGGAUCACUCUUGAAUCACUUGUGGCUGAUGCCACUGUGAAUGGGGAGUGGCAACUUCCACCUGCUAGAUCUAAUGUUGCUGAAACCUUGCAAAUAGUUUUAUCUACUAUGACUCCUCCUGCUCCAAUCCGAGGAGUAGAUAGGUUUCUUUGGCGUAAUGGGGCCGGUCAUUUUGUUCCUAAGUUCUCUACCAAGGCAACAUGGCACUCAAUCCGUGAGACAGCUCCGACAGUCGAAUGGUAUUCUAUGGUCUGGUUCAAGGAGGAGAUACCGAGAUGUUCUUUUGUUACAUGGAUGGCAAUACUAUCAAGACUCCCUACAAAGGACAGGCUAGCUUCUUGGGGUCUUUCUGUUCCUUUGCAGUGUGUGCUUUGCUCGGCAGGACAAGAGUCCCACCAACACUUGUUCUUCCAAUGCUCAUUCGUAUCAAGGGUCUGGGGACACUUCUGUGGACAAUCUAUCCCUUCUGCUCCGUCAUCCUUUCUUGAGGUUGCUGGUUUAUUAUCAAAUCAUCAGGUCGCUUCUUCUUCAGUUCUAUCAGGCGUUAUCAAGUUGUUGCUGCAGUGCAUCGUCUACUGCGUAUGGCGUGAGAGAAAUAUGCGCAUCUUCCAGCAAACAUCUACUACCGAAGCUGGGAUCUAUUCACGAGUCGAUCGCUUGAUGCGUGAUCGUCUCAUCUCCAUUCCACCUUCUACCCCGUCGUCGCCGUCUCCUAUGCUCGUCUACUUCCGCCUGCCACCUCCUGAUCCGUAG